GCGUACCCCCUCGUGUCAACCUAUCUAAAUUCUACUCUACAACUCGUAGUAUAUUUCAAACUCCAAUUCAAAAAACAACACACACACACACUUCCGUCAUUAAUGUCCGCCUGCCUCCUCUUCACUCUCUCACCUGCUCCCCGUGCUUUCUCUCUCUAAAAGUAUAUGUGUAUGUAUGUAUGCAGUAGGUACCUUUUUUUUCGGCUCUGCUACUGCUGUAUGUAUCGGCCAGCUCUCUUUCUCUCUCUUCUGUUCUGAUUUCAAAAUGAGCUGAAGAUAAGCUUAGGGUACGAAUGGCGAUGGUUUUCGAGGUGGUGUCGUGCUUUUCUCCGAUAAUUGCGAUCUGAUUUUCCCUCUUCUUUUGCUUCUUGGAAACUUCGUGCUCUUUUUGAAAAAGAAAAAGGUUUUCUUUCUUUCUUUUUUAUUUUUUCUUUUUUUUGAAACUAUAUUCUUCUUCUUCUUUUUCGUCUGUCUUUUUGCUGUCCGCUUAAUUUGAAUUUUUCGGAAAAGAAAAUGGAGAGAGCUCGACACAGGAAAUCGAAAAGUGCUUCUGGCAUUGAAGAUUAAUUUUUGAAUUGAAAACUAGGAAUUCGACAGAUCCAGCAGCAAAAAGCUGCUUCAAGAUUGUCUUCAGAUUCCCGUUCUUAUAUCGAUGGAAGCCAUAGGGAUGAUAUGUUUAUGCUUGAGUUGGGGCAGAGGUCCUUAGGACGAGCCACUGGAAUACCAAUGAAGAAGUUACUGGCCGAAGAAAUGUCAAAAGAAGUCGAAUCCAAGAAGCGGUCGCCAAGUGUUAUUGCCAGAUUAAUGGGUCUCGAUGGCUUGCCAUCCCCAAGGCAUGUUCAUAGACAACAGAAAAGGUAUACAGACAGCUACCAACAUCAAGAUGCUUCAGUUAACGUCCAACGAAAUAGCCAACUGUACGAUGGCCGAUCAAACAGGAGAAGCUCACUAGACCAUCAAGAAUUCAAGGAUGUGUAUGAAGAUUUGGAAGCAUCACACGUCGUCAAUCGUCGUUGUUCUUCAAGAUGGAGCGCUAGCUCAAUUCUUACAAAACCUGAGAUGGCACUCAUACGGCAGAAGUUUAUUGAUGCAAAACGUCUUUCCGCUGAUGAAAUGCUUCAGGAUUCCAAAGAGCUGGACGACACCUUAGAGAUGCUGGACUCCAACAAGGACUUACUGCUGAAAUUUCUCCAGCAACCGGAUUCAUUGUUUGUGAAGCAUUUGCAUGAUCUACAAGUUGAUCCUGGCAGUUCUCUUGGCAGUCGUAUAGCGGUUUUGAAGCCAUCAAAUUCAGAGAAGUAUGAAAGCAAAGCGAAAGCAUGGAGAUCAGAGAGAGAUACUUCGAGCAAACACCAAGUCACUUCUCACCUGAAACGCAAAGAUGGUCUUCUACUCGAACCUCACAAUCGCCACAGAUCUCAUGUUUCUCGCAAUUCAUCAAGGAUUCAACUAGAGGAGAAGAAUGAGGAUACGAUUCUUCCUACGAGGAUCGUUGUUCUGAAGCCAAACCUUGGUAAGAUGCAGAAUUCUGUUACAUCUAUUUCAUCACCCGAUCAGUCAAAUGGUUAUCUGCUGAGUUUCAAGAAAAUCAAGGAAUAUCCUAGUGUUCGAGGUACUGAAAGUGUAUCAUCUAGAAGGAAAGAUCCUCAUAUCUGGGGAUUUUCCAAGGUCAUGUCUAAAGAAGCUAGAGAAAUAGCCAGGGAAAUUACAAUGAGGAUGAGAGAUGGCUGUGAUGAGACCAUGGAUGCUAAGUCUACUGGGCAUAGAGGAUAUGUAGGAGACGAGAGUUCCUACGAUGCUAAUGAAAGUGACUCUGAUAGUGACUCAGAGGUGUUUAACUUGUCUUCUAGAAAAUCAUUCGAUGAUAAUAAGUUGUGCAGAUAUCCAUCUUCUCAUUUGGGUGAAUCAUCUGUAAAUAGGGAAGCAAAGAAGCGACUAACUGAGAGGUGGAAGAUGACCCACAAAUAUCAAGACCUGGAAAUGGUUAGUAAGGGAAGCACAUUAGGUGAAAUGCUUGCCUUACCUGAUUCGGAAAUAAUGCCAAAACCUCAGGAUGCUAAGAUGAACCUUGGCAGGGCAUGCGGCCCACCUGGUAGCAGUAAUGAAAAUGCGAUAGGGGAUGUUCCUUUAGGCAUCAGUAGCAGGGAUGGUUGGAAGGAUGAAAUAAGCAGAAAUUCAUCUAGAUCGAGAUCGGUUCCUCCAUCUACAUGUGGGAGAAGUCAUAGAAGAAGCAGAUAUCAGGAUGAGUUGGCUGAAGACAAACAUCUGAUGCAUAUUGACCCUGUACCUUGUGGUGGAAGUAAUGUUACGAAGGGAAAUCUAAGUCAAAAAGCAGAUUAUUCAUAUAAAGACUCGAAAUCCAGGAGCAAGAAGCCUCUUCCAUGUCAACACAUAUUCACUAAAGAUGUGGACUCUUCAUCAGAAGCCAAUUUUGAGAUUCAAAUGGAGGCGAAUACGAAAGACUUAUCUGAACAUCAAUCCAUGUUUCAGAUGGCUGAAAAGGAUGACACGUGUAAAAGUCCUGUAUUUAAUGUAAUGAUGAUUGCUGAACCUGGAAGCACAACCUUGUCCCUGAAAUCUUCUGAGUUGCUUUCGAAGCAGUCGUCUUCAGUUAUGGAUGGCGACAAAGCUGCUGUUCAUGAUCAAAAGGAGUCCAGUAUCCAGGAACCAUACGGACCACCUAUACAUGAUUCUCCGUCCUUGCCGUGCCUUGGACCUGAGCCAGAUUCUUCAGAAAGCUCUAAGGAGGCUGAUCAUCCUAGUCCCAUCUCAGUCCUUGAGAUGCCUUUUACAGAAGAUACUUCAUCUUCUGAAAGUUUUGAGAGAGUUAGUGCUGAACUUCAUGAACUCCGGAUGCAGCUGCAGCUUCUCAAGAUGGAGUCAGGCACAUAUGCCGAGUCCUCCACACUUGUUCCCAUCGAGGAAGAAGUUGCGCAACUAUCUCCGAUUACUUCAGAAGAAAACUAUCCACCUGAAGACAAAGGCUGGGAAAUUUCUUAUGCUCUUGACGUGCUAAUCGAAUCUGGCCUUGAAGAGUCCGAGUUGAAUAUGUUGAGAACAACAUGGCACUCCCCACAUUGCCCUCUGGACCCCAAGUUGUUUGACAACCUUGAGAAGAAAUACAGUGAUGACACAAGUGGAUUAAGGUCCGAGAGGAGGUUGCUUUUUGAAAGAAUAAAUUCAGCAAUCUUGGAGAUAUUCCAGGAGCAUGUUGACAUGUGCCCAUGGGUGAGGCCAAAAUUAGCAGGAUUGAAUUUAGAGUGGGAGAAAGACGGGGGAGGCGUUCGAGAUGCUGCUCUUGAGAAGUUAAUCAGCCAAGAACUCAGCAACGACGACAUAUCAGAGAGAGUUGUUGAUAGGGAGAUGUGGUGGUCGGAUGGUAAAGGAGAAAUUGAGGUAAUAGGUAAUGAAAUUGAGAAAUUGUUAAUAGAUGACAUGAUAACUGAGGUUGUAUGUAACUAAUAGUGUUAGCUUUUCGAAUUAUAAACUGGCGUAGGUGGGCUGCUAGUUGGUAAUGUAGGCAUCAAUCAGCAGCCAGAUGAAAAGCUUGGUCACAAGGAGAAUCAGAAUAAAUCUUCAAUUUAAUCAGGGAGAGUUACUAGUAAAUCCAAUUAUGAAGUCACGAUUUGGAAUUGCUAUUCUGUAUUAAAUUAAAAUAAAACCCGGUUAAUAAUCAAA